GCACGUCCAGCGGAGGAGAGAGGAGCCGCGGGCGGAGCGGGGACACGCAGCCUUGACCCGCAGCCUUGACACGCGUCCGUGGGGCUCAGGAACCGGCAGCUUUUUGGCAGUGCUGCUUUGCAGAUAAGGACCCAGCCCCCGGCAGGGGCAGGGUCUCGGCACGGCGAUUUGUUUGGCCAGCGGUGGGAAGGGAAGGAAGCCCCUGGCACAGCCCCCAGCCUCUCAGCUGACAGCCGACAAGAGGGAGAAGGUGGAAAAGGGCAGGCGGUUUCUCCGAGCCGAGCUCCGAGGGGAAAGCAGCGGCAGGAUUUCAUUUGCCUGCCUCUUAAGGCAGUGAAGUCCCCAUCCCCUCCCACGUUCCCUCCCCAGCCCUGACCCUGGGCGGCGCAGGGGUGGUGGGACCUCAGCGUUCCUUCAUCUGGAGUUUCCCAACGAGCCCCAUGAAUCCCUAUGUCAAUUGCUCCAGUUCCGAGCAAGACUUCCUUGUGGAGCCCAUCAGCCCUGACCUCAGCAACAGGACUCACCCAGAGACCUUUUUCGACCCUAAGGAUGCCAACCUGACAGAGGAGCAGCUGCGGGAUAAGUACCUGGGACCUCGACGGUCCAACUUCUUUGUCCCAGUCUGUGUCAUUUACCUGCUGAUCUUCCUGGUGGGGGCUGUGGGCAACACGCUCACCUGCAUCGUCAUCCUCCGGCACCGCUUCAUGAGGACGCCCACCAACUACUACCUGUUCAGCCUGGCCGUGUCCGACCUGCUGGUGCUGCUGCUGGGGAUGCCUCUGGAGCUCUACGACAUGUGGAGCAACUACCCCUUCCUGCUGGGGGCCAGCGGCUGCUAUUUCAAGACGCUGCUCUUCGAGGCCGUCUGCUUCGCCUCCAUCCUCAACGUCACGGCCCUGAGCGUGGAGCGCUACAUCGCUGUGGUGCACCCGCUCAAAGCCAAGUACGUGGUGACCAGGAACCAUGCCAAGAGGGUCAUUGUCACCAUCUGGGUCUUGUCAGUCGUCUGCUCCAUCCCCAACACCAGCCUCCAUGGGCUGCAGCCUCUCUAUGUGCCAGGACGGGGGCGGGUGCCCGAUUCAGAGAUCUGCACCCUGGUGAAACCACGCUUGACUUACAAUCUCAUCAUCCAGGUCACCACCAUCCUCUUCUUCUUCCUGCCCAUGGGGACCAUCAGUGUCCUCUACCUUCUUAUUGGCCUGCAGCUCAAGAAAGAAAAGAUGCUGGAAGCCUUGGGAGCCAAGAAUGGCAGCAGCCGCAACUGCCACAACCCCCAGGGGCAGAAGAAAGUCAAGAGGAGGCAGGUCACAAAGAUGCUGUUCGUGCUGGUGGUGGUGUUUGGCAUCUGCUGGGCUCCCUUCCACACCGACCGCCUUGUCUGGAGUUUUGUAUCCACCUGGACCAGCAACAUGCUCCACAUGUUCCAGUACGUCCACAUCAUCUCAGGCGUCUUCUUCUACCUGAGCUCGGCUGCCAACCCCAUCCUCUACAACCUGAUGUCCACCCGCUUCCGGGAGAUGUUCAAGGAGGUGAUGUGCCGCGCCGGCCGCCGCCCGCCGUGGGCACGGGGACACUCGCCCAGCGUCACCCGCACCACCACGCGCAGCACCGAGUGCGAGCCCGUGCCCGGCGCCAGCGGGCUGCCCCUCCCUGACGCCGAGGAGUACGAGCUGGAGGACGUGGAGAGGGGUCACCAGGCCACCACCCACGCAAUGUCCCUCUGCUGAAGAGUGGGAGGACAGGGAAGGACUCUGGGACCAGCUUUCCUCACUGCCAACAUCCGUCUGACUGUGGCGCUCAUCCUGUGGCGGGGAGCGGGGCGGGAGCGAGGGGGGAUCCCUGCCUCUCUGUGCUGGUUGUAUCAGCAGCACUGCUCCAGGGACAUGGUGGCAGUGACCUUGCAAUGCAUCCCACUGUCCUCAGCACCAGGCCUGGCCAGGGCCAGGGCAUCCCUGGUGGUGUGGGGACAGCUGACUUUUAUCAGGGAUAUGUCAG